AUGAGUGAUAAGGCACACUCUGAAAGCGACCUCCUAACAUUUGCACAGCGAAAAACUCAUUACAACAGCGACAAAUCACAUUGCAAAGAACUCUUCACUGCCAUCACACGACCUCGUAGUGUACGUGUGCUCUAUGAGGAUGCGGCUAAAGUGUCAUCAGUCUCCUCAGCUGCAACAUCACCGCGCUCAAAAUCAUUUGCCAUGGAUGGCAAUGCUAAUGGCGUUGAUGGUCUGGUGGAUAUAACUGGUACAGGUGCUACAACAGCUGCUGGCAGCGAUGAACUGGUUUGUACUCCUGUAUUUGGUAAAGCCCAUCGCAAGAUGCAAACCCGUAUCGAUGCUGAAAUUGAAAUAAGAUUGCCUGCCGCCAUUGAAGAAUUGCGCAAAUGGACAUCCACUGAAGCAUUGGGUGAUGUCACUGUAACGCCAGAUUGCAUGCAUCAUGUGGAUACUUCUAUUAGCACAUCCGUCAUAAUUGGUGAUAAUGGUGUACUGACACCAGCACUCUCUCCGUCCGUGCUAUCUGCUGAUGCUGUAGAUGCGCUCUAUUCCAUAAAUGUUAGUAAUGUCGUCGAUAAUUCCCAAAUUCCUAAUGACAUAAACAAAGAUGUGCCUUUAAAUCAUCGAUUGCCUUCUCCUGAGGAGCAAUGUAAAAUUAUAGCUUUAAGAUAUCCUGCCGAAGUUAUUUCAGUGGACACAUCGGGCAAACGUUUUCAACGUAUGUGCAUGGCGCGCAAGUCUACAACCGGUGUCUUUACCAAUUUGACCGACACGAAUAACUUAAAUGACGACGUUCAAACAGUGAGCCGUCGUUCACGUUCACGUAAGGUGCGCGGCAAACGACGAAACACAAUCGCUGGUAUUGAUCAAAAGGAAAUACAAGAUGCGGCAAAUGGCGAUGCAACUGCAACCAGCGGUGAACUUAAGAACACCACAAAUGCCGGCAUUGUCGCCGCCACUGGUACUGCAGCCGCCGCAGCCGUCAUUGAUGAAGAUGCCAACAGCAGACGUAGUGAAAAAUCCAAGAAAUUUGGACGCAGCAAAUCGAGCGAUAUCUUAAAAAAAGAAUCUGUUGCCUUGCCAUAUGACAAAGGGAAGAGCACAUUGACACGUCUUAAUUCAUUGAAGCAAUGGGGCCGUAAUCGGUUUAAAUUUAUGCAACGUAACGAGAGUGCAACGUUGACACUGAAUGCCAGCAACAAUAGCAGCAAUGGUCCAGACAAUGGCAAUUCCAUUACACAAAGUAGUGCCGCCAAUGAAAAGGCGGAACUGAAAACGAAUUGCAACAAUAGCAGCGGUAGUGGCAGCAGUGGUUCAUCAUACAAAACCUCUUCGCAUACUGCAGAUAGUGGCAAUAUCGAUGAUGAAUGUGUGGUGCACGAAUUGAUAAGCCAAAAGAACGAAGGUCGGUUUUCGCACGAACGAAAACCCUCAUAUUCGUCGUCUGAGAAGAGCAUGAGCGUUAGCAGCAGUGGACAUCUCAGGGGUAAGUUACAUUUGGCCACCUGUGGCAAUGUCAAGUUGCGCGAUACGUCAUCGUUGAAUCGUCAACGUCGCAAUGGUAUCACAGCGAAUGGUUUAUGCGGUAAAGAUGAACAGCCGCAUUCUUCGAGUGGCAAUUGGAGUGCUAGUUCGGAAUCGGGACGUGCUUCAAUCGGCAGCGAAAUAACAAUACAACCAAAAUCCAGCGCUUCAAAUACUUCACUGAAUGUCUCUAGUUUUCAUCCGGGUAGUGGACCGCCAUCAUCUAUGUUGAGUCGGCGCCGUUUUCUAAAUACAUCUGCUUCGAGUAGUGUAACAAGUGAGGGUACAGCAACACCAGACUUACAGGUAACAGAUGGUACGUAUCCUAAUCAUUUGGAUGAUGAGACAAGUUCUGCAUAUUCCUGCGACACAGAAGGUUAUUAUACAUCUUUUCAUAUGGAUAGCGGUUUACGUACGCUAAAAGAAGAAGAAACACUAAUUACACCUAUACAAAGUGGUCACAAUUUACAUACAAACAAUUAUUCUUUCGGUAGUCAAGCCAAUCAAACGGUACUUAGUGCAGAAAAUGAAUAUGAGCUCUUUGGCAGAGGUUCCACUUCGACGACAACAAGCUCUGCUGGCACCGUUUGCACCACACUUAUGAUGAAUGGUGAGCAGAGUAGUUUAAAUGGACUUGGACCAGAUGUGCCUGAACGCAUAAGUUCUUUGGGUAAGUUAAAUAAGAGCAAUCACAGCAACAGCGCUAGUACCAGCACAUUAGAGCGCAGCUACUCCAGUAGCACAAUUGGUAGCACUUUAGAACGUACUGGUACCAUCAAACGUAAUGUUAAUGCCAAUCUUAAAAUAUCACCGAUUGAUGGUUCCGACGUCACCGAUAAGUCCACUGAAACACCAGAAUCUCAAGAUGAUGAAUUCAAUUUUGAGCAGCGCAUACGAAAACGCACUGCACAGCCACUGCCGGCAGCUAUAAUUUCAGAAAUAGAAUGUUCCGAAAGCUCGGAUUUAGAGGGUGUGGAACGUAUUGAACGCAUUAAACAAAAGACUGCUAUAAACGCCAAGCGUAUACCAUCUAUGUGUGUCAUAACGCCAACCACUAGUGAUGAUGAGAACCAAGCUAAGGACAAUGGUUUCGAUCCAAAUAAAACUUUAACAAACGAAAGCUCUCCUUGUGAGAAAGCUGCAGUAAAAGCUGAAGCUUUACUAGAAUUAAAAAUUAACGAAGCUGAAUACUCUACAGUUGAUGAGUUGCAAGCUGACAAAACACCACAACUAACACCCACUGGCGUUGCCAACAAGGAUUACAACUUAAAUGUACUCAAACGUAGUUCCAACUAUGGUUUCAAUAAUAUGCUUGAAAAGCUGAAAGUUGUAUUGCCAAACAUAAAGCGUUCGCCUAGCAAAAGCUCGUCAAGCUCAGCCCACGCUGUAGUGGACGAUGAUGAAUUGUACGACACAGCCGGUGAGUAUGUUACCAUAGCAGAUAUAAGCAAUAACAAUCGUCGCAAUCAGUUGCAAGCACCGAAGUCAGUGGGCACAAGCAGUCUUGGAAUUUACUAUUCCAAUGACAUAUAUAGGCGCAAAAACAGCGCCGACAGCACUAACAGUGUCGUCACGAAGGGUAACGAACCCGACACGCCAAAACGAGAGACAGAAUACGUUUCAUUGAAUGAGCUGCCGUAUCAUUUGCGUAAAAUUAAUAGUGACAGUGCAGCAACGGCGGCGGCACUGAGUGCAACUUAUGGCACUAACAAUGAAACCCACACUUCCAAUAUGAAAUUCAUCGACUGCGCAGAAUCCAAACAACAACAACAACAACUGCAACAGCAGCAGCAGCAACAAUGGCAACGAAAACAAAGCGAAAGCACAAAUGUGGUCCCGAUGUAUGCGGAAAUUAGCGAGCUUACAGAAAAGUCAUCGCACAGUUCACCCUUGGCACAGCAUAAGGGAGCGCGUGUACGGGUAAAUGCACAAGGAAAAAUUAUUUACGAUUCCGACAGUUUGAAACGACGCAAAGGCGCGCACACAACAUUCGCACCUGGUCCGUAUGUAAAAGAAACUGAAAGUGCGCUUAACGAAAACGCAGUAGAAAGUAUAACGGCAACGAAAUCGCAACAACAACAGCAACAAAUCGGUAAUAGUGAAAGUGCGAAUUGCAUAGUGCCAAGAAGCGCAGCCACAAGUGCAGCUAAAUUACUUUUCUUGAAUGGUGGCAUCGCUGCCAACAGAAAAGUGGCCAAUGUGCGUCCGAUAGUAUCAACAUCGCCAUUGUCACAACAAACCCAACGUCUACAGCAACAGCAACAACAACAGCAACAAUCAUUCAACAUGCCUAUUACAACAUAUAUGGACCAACAACCACAACAACAACACGAACCUCUUUCCUACAAUUCCUAUCAAGAAAACAAAAAUCUAUUAGCUAAUCACACAAAUCCCUUUUUCCAAUCCACAAUGAUGCCCUCACCAUCAACCAAAUCCACCUCCUCGACUGGUUCCACCAUAUCAACAUCGACGAACACAAGUGGCUCAACUGCAUCCACUGCUUCAUCAUCAACAUCCUCUUCGACGGCGAAAGAAGAAGGUAAGCAAUAUUUGGUAGAUUUGUUAAAAAUUAGAAAUUAUGACGCUAAUAUAAAUUUUAAUGCUAAUAACGAUCCUAAUUUGAAUGUAAAUAACACUUUUGAUAUACACAAAAUAAUUGAAACAAAAACAGAAAAUGACACUACAACAACACAUACCAAUAAUAAACCCACCACCCCCCCAACUCCAAUUAGAACACAAAAAAAAUCAGUGAGAGUUACUUAUAGUGUACAGCAAGGAAGCGAAGAGACGACGGCGAUGGCGAUGACGGUGGUAGGAAUAAAAGAAAAAAUUUCAAGUCAAAAUGCACACCAAAACUUAAAAUCGACAAGGGUUGAAAAUCAUGAAUCAGCAACAACAACAACAACAACAGCAGCAACAGCAUCCCCACUACCCAUACGUCAACCCCAUUCCGCUGUCAAUUUCAAAUUACAGUCCCCACCUCCUCCACCUUUACCGCCGAGGGGACGAAUAAAUGUGUCGGCACAAGCAAAAACAAUGGCUUUAGCAGAUGCUGCCCCGAGUGCAUAUGCACCGCUUGCUGAAAGCGAUAACUCCGCUCGUAAAGGCUGUGUCGGUAGCCAUGGAGAAAGUGGAAGCAAUGCGAACUGUAGUUGUUCUUGUUGCAAUGUAGAAAAAUCGAUUUGCACAACUGUUGACCCAAUUGUCGGUACGGCAACAAACAGUAUAUGCACUGCAAUAACAACAUCCCCACUGUCAAACUCAGAUAUGCAUGUUGUUACAUCAGCCCCCAAAACUAGUCGUCCCUUGAAACGCAAUAACAGUUAUAGGCUAGCAAAUGACGACUUAAAAUUAGAAAUGAACAAAGAAAACUGUUUGAUAUACGCUGAUUCCAGAGAUGCUGCUGGUGGCAAUACGACUUUAUUGCCAAUUAAUAGCACUUUCAAUUCCAAGACCUUGCCACACGUUUCCACUUCGUUGAAAGUGAAAAAUUUAAUUAAUACACACAACCAUACCAAUACCAGCAAUGGUAACAACAAUAACAACGCCAACAGCAGCAACAGUACUACCAUUACUAGUAGCAUUAUAGAUGCUAGUACACCCAAAUCCACAAAUCAACGCAUGAUUGCAAAAUCUUUCGAACGUUUGGUUGAUGAAUUCUCUUUGUCAACCACUUCCAUGUCAAUGGAUUCCUCAUAUUUGCGUAAUAAGUCACUUGAGAAUUUUGAUGAUUCUCCUACCCUAUUAAAUGGUACUGUUGAUGCUAGUACUGACAGUACAUCCAGUACGCUAAAUAAAACCGAUAAAAUAAAUGCUGAUGAUUCCGAUAGUGAUUCAGACCUAGAAUUAACCCCACAAUCUAGUAAUGCUAUUGGACAUAAAUAUCAUAAGUCCUUUGUUGAAAAUGUGCUAUUAAAACCAUUUAAAAUAAUUUUGCCCAAUGAGGAUAACGGUGCCAGGCGUCAAAAAAUAUUACAGAAAUUCGAAGUUACCGAAAUUUGGUAA